AUGGAGGGUAGAUCAAUCGGGUGCAAAGGAAGCGCUGGCGCCAAGUUGAAGGUCAUCAACCAGCCGCACGACGCCUUGCUGCAACGGAUGAUGAGACGAAAGCCAUGCGAUAUUUGCAGACCGGGAGUCCCAACUGGACGUGAGAUACCUUUGCGUUCCCCGAAGCCGUCGCCAUUGAGUCGAAGAGAGAGAAGACAGGGGAAGGAAGAGCGGGUUUGGGGAGAACAACCUUUGCCUUACGAGGCGCGGAAGUCUCCAGAACCAGGGCCUUUGGUGGAACCUAAAGAGGCUGAUCGGUGUGAUAGGAUUCAGGGCCUAAGAAAGCGCACAGUGGCUGGAGAGGCGUGGGGACUCGGCAUGCCGUGCCUGUGUUGGUUGGCCGGGCCGGGAGUCUGCCCAGGAGCUGAUUCGCAGCGCAGGCGACAAACGUUGAACGAUGGUGAAGGAACCGGCGGGCGUGCAAGCGAGGGCGGGCACUCCAGGCUCAACGGCGAUGGUGGAGUGGCAAUAUGGAUCUCGGGGCCAUCGCUCAGAGACUGUCGUGCCUUCCUUCGUCUCGCUGAAGGAGGGCGCCACCAGCGCUCGUCGCAAUCUUCCGCGUCGGACGGGUACUGGCGCUCUCCUCGUCCUCAUUCACCCCAUCCUCCCCCAUCCUCUUCUUCCACACAACGAAAACACCCACAGAUGGACAACGAACUCUCAUCCCCCCUCCCCCCCCGUGCAGAACGGGAUGCGAUGCAAUGCGAUGCAGUGACGCCAAAUAUUUGGUCAGUGGCCCGUGGCAUGUGCUGUGUCCGACAAGGCGGCACCACCGCCGGCCCGACACCCGCUGGUCCACAGAGGCCAUUGCUAGACGUCGACCGUGACCCACGCCCACAAACCGCCUCUGCUGGGUCACGUUGGACAGCAAUCAACGGUCUAGCUCACCCAGAGAGGCCAUCGGACUCCCUAAUACAUGUCACAUCAGCAACGACGGCGGCUCACGGCUCCUGCAGCAGCCCAAUUCGUGACGAAAUCGAAGUGUCUUCGUCUGGGCAACGUCAUUUCCACCGCCAUUCAAUUUCCCGGUCCAGUGUGCCCCAGUCUCCUCACAGCGCCAAAGAUCAACCCAGCUCUUCGCCACCGUCAGCUCGAAUAUCGUUCAAUGCUAUCCGCCAAGACUCAGCCGUCUCUGAACUCUCCGACUGCAUAUCACGCCCAAAACAAGACCCGCCUGCACUAAGCCCGUUACUUCCCGCAUCAGCGAUCAAUCACAUUCAACCAGCAUCCUCUACCUGGCUAUCCACUAUUUCUGUUCCAUACAGGGCGUCCUCCACUCCACCUUCGCUCUCCCAGUCACUUCCCAGUCCUAGCAGGAAAUUCCCACCCCUUAAUGUGGAUGCAAUAAGUUGCGAAACUCAUCGAGCAAAUGACCAGCCGAAACCGGCCCAGUUGAACCCUGACUUGAAACCUAUUUCCAACCAGAUGAAAAGGGAGAAGCGCAUGUCCUACCCUCUGUACAGGCAGCAUCCUUCAUACAACGCCCCGCUUCAGCAGAAAUCAGAUGCACGAUCGUACCCAGCAGGUCCGAAGGAAAUCGCACCUGGGUCUUCGACAUCAUCGUCUACGCAGACAGACGACUAUCUGCAGCGCCCACGGUACGUUCGAUCUAGUCAGCAACCAAUCACCAUCCCUCCAAUUACACUUAUCACAGGCUCAACCCAGCAUUCUUUGGGCCCAAACUCCGUGAAUCUACCAGGUCCUCAACUUUGUGGCGCCAGGGUAGUAGCUCCGGUCGAAGAUAACAAAGACCAGCACAGCAAUCCGAUAUCAGGUCUUGCACCCCGAGCCCAUACUUCAAUCUUCACUGCUCCAUCCCCAAUUAAACAACCCCAUCAACCUUUCCCUCUGGCCUCAAACGAGAGCACUCAGCCAAAUUACCAACAGUCGCGUUACCCCGCUGUUACACAAGCCAAUCAUAGAUCGCCGCCACCCACUUCGCUUUCCCGAGCCCCAACACGGCCGCCACAGUCGCAAAUGUCCUCAAACCAUGACCACACACUGUGCGGCAGACCAUGGAGGCCUUCAGCACCUAAAUUCAAUCCUAAUGAUACCACCCUCGUUCCAGUUCGCCCAGUUGAAACAUUAGCCGAGUCCCUCAGAUUACAACAGGGGCUGUCCGAUAUGUGUCGAAAUCAUAGUCAAGAACAAGCUCGAGGAUGCCUUUCACCGCCGCCUUCGGACAGCCUCCGCGGCCUCACUCUCAAUCUUCCACAAAGAACCCCUUCGACAGGAUCUGAAGGUGCAAUGAGGAGCAACAAGCGGAAGGAACCGUCCGAUCCACCGUCUCAAGGCCAAUCGCAAUCAUCGAAGGCGCCUAGAAUAACUCCUUCUGAAUCAACCCCGGAACCAACCCUUCCCUUGUGCUUGGCUCGAAUACUCGGCCAAGGCGAUCCACAGCCAUAUGUAAGACCGCCGAUGGACUGGACCAACAUGUGGAUGUCUCCACAGGACAUUCCUGAUGGUGAGAGCGAAACACCACCUAGGCGAAGCAGGUCGAAGUCGAGGGAAAAGAGGUCGAAAGCGGCUGGAGGGUGACAGUGACAUUUAGCAACCUGGCUAGGGCAGCCGAAAAGAGUUCUCCGGUUCUGACCCAGCCAUCGUAGUCUCAAACGACGCUUCCGAGCCCUACGAUAGGUAGACACUUUCUGUGUAGGCAUGCUUGGACGCACUCGAAUCUCCAUAGCUCGAACCUCGCACCUUCGUCAUCCGCUUCCCCACGCUCAGACUCCAGUAUUCUGCCGUUUCAAUCUCACUUCUGGAUCCCUACCCUCACAACUACACCCAUUUCGCGUCAUGUACUCUCUCACGCACCGCACUCCGGCUCCCGGUCACUCGGGCGGUGAUAGGCUUCGUAACCCGAAGCUUUUUAUGUAGACUGGCGUACUGGAGGAGAAGCUACUGACAUCUCCUCGUUCCUGGCAAAAAAUUUCACGCCCAGUCAAGCAUUUCUUGUCUCCGAGUAACCGAGGCUGCAUUAGCUUUCUUUUCAUC